UGCUUCUAUUCAUUAAGGGUGAAAUGAAAACCUUUGAGCUUUUAGAGGUGAUUCAAUUUUGCAUGGGUUGUAAAUUAGCUCUCAUUUGCUGAUUGUUUACAGAGAGUAUACAAAGACUUAAGCAAACAUUCACAGAGCUCAGGUGCAUCGUAGCAGAGAUGAAGUUGUCCAUUGUUUUUUUCCUCCUGCUUUGUGGCAUGGCUUUAUGUCAAAUAAGAGAAUAUAUCCUCGUGUCUGAAACAAAGACCUGGGAUUCUGCUCAGAGGUAUUGCAGGGAAAACUAUGUGGAUCUCGCAACCAUCACUACAAACGAGGAGAACCAGAUGUUGAUAAAAUCUGCAGCUGCAUCCAACAUUUUGUACUUUUGGAUUGGACUGCACAAAAUCGCACUUGAUUCAGACAUCUGGGAAUGGUCUGAUGGAGAAUCAGCUAAUUUCUUCAGUUGGAAUCCUAACCAACCUGAUAACUACAAAGGAAAAGAGGGUGUCGUCAUAAUGUCUCAGAAAGGCUGGAAUGACGUGCCUUAUACACGCAUUUAUCCAUUUUUUUGUUCCUGGAGAUUUGUUUUGGUGAAUGACAGUAAGACCUGGGAGGAAGCUCACGAGUACUGCAGAACUUAUUACACCGGCUUGGCCAGUCCGAUCUCUACAGCACAGCUAACCCUGGCUGGGAAUGUAUUAGCACAAACCCAAACAGUCAGUGUGUGGACCGGUCUGCACUUUGUGAAUGGACAGUGGAUCAGUGUGAGCAGGUCGCCGUUGGUGAGUCUGGUCUCGCUGCCCUCAUGCCCAAACUAUCGCUGUGGAGCUCUGAACACCAAGACAACUAUUUGGGAGAACAGAGACUGCAGUGAGAAGCUGAAUUUUCUUUGCUAUUGAUGGUAACAGACAUCUACUAAAUCAAUCAUGAUUCUGCCUCAAAAACUGAUUAUUCAUGAUCUUUUCUGCUCUCUAUGCACAGAUGACUUACACAGAGGAAACUCUCUGCUUGAAGAGCAAUGCCUGCAUAAUACAGAGAAGCAAUUUAACCAUUUUUAUAUGUGUAGUAUAUCAUGUAACAUCAUUGUUAAAAAAAGUGCUCUAGAAAUUAUAUUACAUUUUAUGACCGCCUGAU